GAAUGAAGCCACAUGACAAAACAUCAUCUGACGUCUGGCCUCGGCACAAGCGCAAACAACGAGUGGGGGGAAAUUCCUUCAAUUGCAAAAGGGGGAAAAACAGGCCCUUUGGCUGUUCAGGUCCGCUUCAAACCCACGUCGAAGGGUCGGGGAGCUUCUCAGGAGUCGGUUUGCGUGAUUGAAAGUGUGCCGUGGUAUGACGACUACUAACAAGGGAAACAAGGCCUUAAAGGUGAAGCGGGAGCCGGGUGAAAAUGGAGCCAGUCUCACAGAUCAGGAGCUUGUCUCGAUGUCUGUUCGAGAGCUGAACCAACAUCUGAGAGGUCUAACCAAAGAGGAGAUCAUCCGGCUGAAGCAACGUCGCAGAACACUCAAAAACCGUGGCUACGCAGCCAGCUGCCGUGUCAAGAGGGUGACUCAGAAAGAGGAAUUGGAGAAGCAGAAAGCCGAACUUCAGCAAGAGGUAGAGAAGCUGGCGUCUGAGAAUGCCAGCAUGAAAUUGGAGCUAGAUGCCCUGCGAUCCAAGUAUGAGGCCUUGCAGAGUUUCGCCAGGACCGUGGCCAGAGGACCCGUCAUGCCAGUUAGAGGUCCCAUCACCUCUGCCAUUGGCCCCAUUAUGCCAGGCAAAGUGGCUACCACAAGUGUCAUCACAAUAGUCAAAUCUAAAACUGAUGCAAGAUCUUAGUACAUAAUGCUCUAGACAUAGGCCAGAGCCAAACUAGUCUGUAGUAAAACUGGUUAAUUCAUGGAGUUAAACACAAGGUUUUUUUUCUAAAUGCUUCCCCCACCCCCUGCCAAAACAAUAAUUUGAACUGUAUUUUUCCACAGGAGUACACAGGUUAGUGGCAACUUGGUGAAUAAGCAAAGCAGUCAUUAAAACAGCCCACCUCGAUCAUCAUAGCAAACAAAACUUUUGGCUUGGCAGUGUAAUGUUGAGGGCUUUAUUUUGCACAUAUCUGCACAGGCCUCCAGUUUUAACUGAACAGCAUGAGAACAAUUAAUAGAAUUAGAACUCUAUUGCUGUACCAAAAUAAAUGCUGUACAUUUCUUUGCUUGAAUAAUUGGAGAGCUUCAUUUACUUUGAAUGUCUUGCCACUUGACAAAAAUUUCAUAUAGGUCAACACCACAGAUUCAUUGAUUUUUUUUCAUCACCGUAAUUUGAGCAAACUUUGCAAAACAAAAACCUUUCUUGGUGCAUUUAAAUGAAGUGGCCUCAUGAUAUAUUUAAACAAAUCCCAAAGUUGUAUAGUGCAGUAAUAGUUGAACCAAUUAGAUUGUGACAGUCUGUUAGUCCAGUGGGACGUGUAUUUAUUGGUGGUUUUAUUUCGCAUCGAAACCUUGUGGCUAAUUUUGUGCAUUGACCAGUCAACAGCUUCUCAUAUUCAUGCACAUCUGAACACGGUGUACCGUAUCACCAUGGAGUAAGGUAGUUCAAAUGACCUGUUCAUAUGGUUAAGUAUUCCUUUCUAUUCAUAUGUUACCAUUUUUAUCUUGACAAAUUUAUAUCAUAAAUUAGAACUUUGGAUUUUAAUUUAUAUUUUAAAGAAAAACUAUUGUAAUAUGAUGCACAGUAUUUAAAAAUCCUGAAGUGGGAGGAGGCAGAAUUGUAAUGUCCUUUUGUAACUCUAUAAGCUCCUCCAGCAACCUUGCAUCUCCCUGCCACAAUCCAGAGAAAGCAGUAAAACGGUCAUCUGUACAAUGAGUCCUUCAAUCAUUUCAAGAGUACAGUUUCAUAAGGAACUCUGUUGCUUUACAUACUUCAGACAGCUUUUGGUAACUUUAGUCUUUUAAUUUAAGUUAUUAAAUCACCAAUGUACAGUUGAUGACCAUCUUGGAGGCAGAAGUUGAACGUCUGGUAAAGUUUGCAGUUUUAAGGAAUUGCUGAUUUCCACAAGAAAAUGCUUAGUUGUCCAACUGUUGAAUGUGUGUACACUGUGUGGAAUUUACAGCAAGUGGAUGGACAGUUUACCAGCAGUUUUAAGUGACCUCAUUUGCUUGUCCCAGCCCCAUUGUCAUAGUACUGGAGUGUUUUAUUUUGCCUCCUAAAACAAGUGACUUUAGCUGAAGUGGUAAUAGUAAAGCAGUAAUCCAAGCACCAGAAAGGAAAACACUAUUACCUGUCCUUUAGCACUUAAGGUUUUGUCCUCUCUGACUUGUGACUCAUUGUUUGUUCCUGCUGACUAGAAUUAGUUGCUGCUCUGCCUUCCACCCCAUUCCUCUUGAAAAUGACUGCUGCAUUGAACCUUUUGCUGAAACUGCUUUUAAAGAGCAAGUGUGAGUAGAAGGGACUGAUUAACCAUAUGAAUGAAAAUUUAUUCAGAGAAUCUUUGAUAGUAAAAGUUCCUCUUUAGUGUAUGUAUACAAAGUAUCUUUGUCAACAUGUAAGGGUAUUCGAGUUUAAUUUUUAUAAGUACACAGAUUAUCAUACAAUAUUUAUAUACAAAAAAUUCACAAAAAAAUUGUUUAAUAGCUUUUACAGAUGUUUCUAGAGUGGCUUAUUGAAAUCAAUAGCUUUCUAGUGAAGCAGCGUGUUAAGUGAAUUCGGGGUGAUGUAUCUGUGAUGUGUUAAUAUGCAAGUUAGUGUUAUUUUACAGUUUAGUUCUGUAUUUAUUUGUGUGUGAGCACAAUGGGGUUUAUGUUGUGUGUAUUUUUUUUUCUGUAUUUCCUCCACUUCACUUGCUGCACAUGUGAAUUUACAAAAGAAUGCAACCAACUUUAAGGGUGUGUGUGAACCUCAAGUUUGGUUCGAUCAGCAAUCUUGGCUUCCGAAAUAUUCUUUGCCCCAUUUUAAACCAAUCAGAAAUACCAAACUACAGCACAACAUCUAUUGUUAACCAUUUAGAAACCUGAAUUCAUUCUGCAGUUUUCUUUAAAAUGUGAGGGUAAAUUUGUGAUGAACCUUGAAUUCUCUGAGAGCUUUUUGUUGGCUUGUACACUGCGGUGGUCUCCAAAAGGUACCCCCUUUGUUGUAUCUUCUGAACUUUGCAUUAAUUUGUACAUACUUACUUACUACCAACACAAACUAAAGGAUUUCUUCUUUGGUUGUAGUGAAGUAGAAUGUAUAUUACAAAGAUUUGGAAAUGCAAAAUAUAUUCAGUGUCUCAUGUAAUUUUAUGUUGAUUGUGUGAUCAAAGGUGCUGUUCAAUUGUUGAGCUGUUAUUGAAGUUGCUCAGUGUUUGUUGUUGAAUGGCUAACCUAAUGUUUGAUCUGAAAUACAAAUCUAUUUGGCUAAACUGCAUAUAUGACUUUGGUUUCUCGCACACCUCUAUCUAAUUGUGAUAUUGUAAUUGUAAAAUUGCUGUUCUACACAAUAGUUUCAGUAUGGGAAAAAAAAUUAUUUUUAAUUGUCAAGAACAAUUUCUAUCUGUGCCAUGAAGGGCUGUGCAAAAUACUCUCAGCAUCUCAACUCACACUAGCCUUUGAAGGACUGAGUCCCCAAUCACAAUAGUUAACCAUGAAUAUUUCAGAUAGUAUCCAAAUUAAACCAAAUAGCUUGUUCUAAAUACAUCUGUUUGAUUUGUUAAACCUGAAAAAUCAAAUAGAAUUUUUGAAUGCAAUAAUGCAUAUAUAAAUAUAUAUAUAUAUUUUUAAGUUUUCUAGUUCAUAGCUAUAUUAAUUAAAAUAGCUCCAAAUCUCUACACGGUAGCUCCAAAACAUUGCAUCCACAUUUAGCCCAUGCUCUAUGGAUGUCAGUUUGAGAUGUUGAGUGGCUGGUGCUGAGACCAUGCCUGCCUUUGGCCAGCUUUUUAGUGCCAUGUUUAAAUGUUUUGAAUAAUGCAUCAGCUGUGUUGUGAUUACUUCAUCACCUGACGACACAGCAACUUACUGCUAGAAUUUAAAUUCGAGUCGCAUCUUCUGAGCAUGUUGUUGAGUGUGGAAUCAUAUGGACAGGUGUUAAGUGACAACAAAUGCAUAAUGGCAUUCAGUUUGAAUUUCUUUUAACACUAACUGUGUAAUCAAUCAAAACUACCUGAUUCUAGAAGCCUCUUAAACUCAAAAGUAGCUACCAUUCUUAAAAUGGGUGCUAUUCAAUUGCAGAUCAGCGUUUUAAAAGUCGAAUUUGAAACAAAUGGUAUAUUUGUAUAUCUUCCAAGCUCUCUUUCUCCCCCCACCCCACUUCCAAUUAUAAAAAUGUAAGUUUUAUCCAAAUAUGUAGACUACCUGUUUAAUUUUAAAUUGGACAAACCUAUUUCAAAGCCAUUUCAAGGAGUAGAAUUAUGAUAUAAAUUGUAAUAUUUGACUGUGCCUAACCAGCAAGGAUUAAUUAAGAAUGAUGUAGUUUCCCGUGGGAGGGAAUUACAACUUGGGUAACAUUUUUUUUAAAAAAAAGGGUGUGAACAAUGAUCCUAAAGCAACAUUUAUUUAUAUUUGAAGCAGAGGUCUUAUACCAGACAAGAGGAAAUUGCACUAGAAUUACUGUAUGGGCUUUAGAUUUCUUUCUCAAAGGGCUUUUAGAAUGUAUCAGUUCAACAUUUUGAAAGAGAAACUGUGUUGAUUAUCAGGAGAACCAGGCAUUCAUGAUGCGUCCAAUGCUAUGGGAGUAAUAGAUGAGGAGUAUUACAUUGUUUUAAAAAAAUUUUUUUUUAAGACAUUUUGUAAACAAACUAAUCAAUGUGACACCAGUAGGUAAAAGAAUCACUUCUCCCUGACACUUUCCUAAAGGGACACAAAUAUAACUGAAGCCUUGUUCUGAUUCCCAUUCAGAUGCUGAAGUGAUUUGUUUUUCACUGUUAAUGCUCUCAGCCUGUGACGUUUAUUCUGUGAAUAGUGUAAGUGCUUGUUUUAGCAAGUGCUUUUGUACGUGAGGUGUGUGGCGUACGUGUGUACGGCUUGGUGACUGUUGUAAAGUGAGGCUCUUCAAAUAUGCAAGCAGCAAUUUGUGUCUAGCACAACAGUGCUGGAAUAGUGCCCUACAGAUAGCAAGGUGACUACUCAUUGUACAAAUAAUGUAUUGAUACAAGGGCUAAAGAAUUUGUAUUACAGGAGUGUGAGUGUGUGUGUGUGUGUGUCUGUGUUUUAUAGUUUUCAAAGUUAUAGACUGGAAUAAUACAUGCUAAAGGUCAGUUUUGUUAAUAUAUUAGCACAGAUAACAAAAAGAACAUCACUAUUGCAUUUAAACCCUUUGGUUUGGAUCCCACAUGAAAUGUUAUUUCAGACAUGCUAAUGAGGAAUAUUUUAUUUCCUGCAACAACUUAAUCUGAUAAUGACAGACUUAAUCAGAAAGCAUAAAAGCAAAAAUCAAGCUAUCCUUUUGGAUUGAAUGAUUACCUGAUGAUUAAUUUUCACACAAUUAUCUGGUUAUUUGUGUGUGCUUCCCAACUUUGCAAGCAAAUCUUCUGCUCUUUGCUUACCAAUGAUACCUGGGCUAAUGGAACUAUGCUACCAGACAAGAGAUAAAAUAUCCUCAUCCCUCUUAGCUGCAUUUUAUGGUAGACAACCCAGGAUGUAUAACCUUUGCAGAGGAGUGCUCACUUUUUGGAUUUGGUUGGGCAGGUAUUCCGUUUUACUGUUGUACUGUUGGCAGAGUGCUGCGUUCAGCUUUAUAUUUAUUACAGCCCUUUGACCAGAUGCUGGAAAUCUUUCAGAAGCAUUAUCAACCAUUCUGAACACAUUAUUGGGUGAUUGCAUGUCACUGGGAAGUUAAACACGAGGAGCUAGUGUAAGAAUUGGAGUGUGGCACCUAGUGAAGUUCUGCUCCUUUGGUUAUUUGAAAUGAAAUCCUUUCUCUGGACAUGUUUGGGAAGUGAAGGUGCAUCAGAAGAAAAUGCUGCUGUAGAUUUUGCUUUUACAUGGGGCUAGUCUAGCUGCAAUAUUAUAGUUUUUGACAAAUAUUCUUUGCAGCUGCCCUUUGUACUUGCAGACAAUUUUUCUCUGAAUCUUUCAAAACUUCAUGCUCAGUGCUGGCUCCUGGAUUGAUUUUAAAGCUGCUUUAAAUGUACUGCCCCUCCAUACAAACUGUCUCAAUCUUUUGGAGCCUACCAUAUCUCAAAUUUUCAAAAGUGUAAAUGUGUUUUAAAAAAGACAAAAUAAAAAAAAUUGCACAAUGUCGGUAUGAAGGAAUGGGUUAUUAGCAAGAGUACUUAACCGAUCUAAAUUUGUUAAAGGAUUUGUGUGAGGGGAAAAGAUUUAUUUUUUACUUCCCAGGAGCACUGUAAUCACACUGAAGAUUGAAUGUUGUGAGGAGAUUACAUACAACCACAUGUAGUGAUGAGAGAUUUAUGCAGUAUCAGGUAAAUUAGGUUAUAGCUAUUUUGAUGACUAAUGCUGCCUGUAUCAAAUUCUGGCCCAAAGGGUGUAAUGAAUCACUCUGUUGUCGUACUUUGUAUAAAGAGUCCAUUUAAUAAGUAUUUAUUACCUAAAUUAUUGUACUUUAUGAUCUGUAGAUAAGUAUGUAUUCAUAACUGCCAUGAAAAUUAACUGUAUCAGUUUCCAUUGGAUGCAUCAUUAAUUUAUUUCUGUAUAUACUGUAUGUUUGUUGAGAUACAGCUUACUUUAUUUUGUAUAUGACCAAUAAACACCUUUUAAAGUGA